UCGCUUUGGGCACAUAUCGGUUUUUACUGUGAUCGGUUCUGAACGUCCUGCACUUCAUAAUGGAGAAUUCCCAGAACAGGAUACUUAUCAAACAUGGGAAGAUUGUCAAUGUGGAUUCUGUGAUAGAUGGAGAUGUUUACAUUGAAGGUGGAGUAAUAAAGCAAGUUGGCAGCAAUCUGACCGUUCCUGGUGGUACGAGAAUAAUUGAUGCUCGUGGAAAGUAUGUGAUACCUGGUGGCAUCGAUCCCCACACACACCUAGAAUUUCAGUUUAUGGAUGCAGUAACGGUUGAUGAUUUCUACCGAGGCACAAAGGCUGCUAUAGCUGGAGGAACUACUAUGAUAAUUGAUUUUGCUGUGCCCAAGAAAGGCCAGUCACUUCUUGAAAUCUACCAGAAAUACAGAAAGUUAGCAGAUAGAAAAGUCUGUUGUGACUACGGCCUACACGUCGGAGUCACCUGGUGGUCGGACAAGGUUAGAGAAGAAAUGGAACUUCUUUGUAAACAUCAUGGAAUAAACUCUUUCAAAACAUUUAUGGCUUACAAAGAUUUUUUUAUGGUGGAUGAUUCCGAAUUAUUUGAAAUAUUCAAAAGAUGCAACGAACUUGGAGCAGUAGCACUAGUUCACGCCGAAAAUGGUUCCAUCAUAGCUAAGAAAGCACAACAGUUGUUAGCUGCUGGCAUUACUGGUCCUGAGGGGCACCAGCUAUCAAGGCCAGAACCAAUUGAAGCAGAAGCCGUUGGAAGGGCAUGUGUCAUUGCAAACCAGGUGAACUGCCCGCUGUACGUGGUGCACGUAAUGAGCAAGCCUGCAGCGGACGCACUGGCCCACGCGCGCAGCAUCGCCUCUGCUACCGGGGGGAGCCCAGUGUUUGGAGAGACGCUGGCGGCUGCCCUGGGCUCUGACGGCAAGCAGUGCCUCCACAGGUGCUGGUACCACGCCGCGGCGCACAUCGUCAGCCCCCCGCUAUCUCCUGACGUCACUGCCAAGAGCUACCUCAUUCGUCUGCUGGCAGAAGACAAACUGCAGCUUGUUGGCAGCGACAACUGUACAUUCAGUGAGGACCAGAAAGCUCUGGGUAAAGACGAUUUCACCAAAAUUCCAAAUGGUGUGAAUGGUGUUGAAGACAGGAUGUCGGUAGUGUGGGAGAAGGGUGUGCACUCUGGUGUCAUGGACGUAAGACGUUUUGUUGCUGUCACCAGCACAAAUGCUGCAAAAAUAUUUAACAUUUAUCCUAAGAAGGGAUGUAUCGCUGUUGGUUCUGAUGCUGACAUUGUUGUUUGGGAUCCAGCGAAGACAAGAGUUAUUUCUGCUAAAACUCAUAAUCAGGCUGUUGAAUUCAACAUUUUUGAGGGAAUGGAAUGUCAUGGUGUUCCAGAAUAUGUAAUAGUUAAUGGGAGAGUGUGUGUUGAUGCAGGUGUUUUGAAGGCUGUUCAAGGUUUUGGAAAGUUUGUUCCAACACCAGUGUAUUCAGAAUAUGUAUAUGAGAAGGUGAAACAAGCCAAACGGACCUAGACGACAUCACAAAGAAGUUCUCUGUGGGAGUGAAGACCCCCUCUUGCAGGUAGCCAUCGGGUGGGUUUCGAUAAAGCGUCGCCUGGCAGCUGAAGUUCGUCUAUGAGGUGCGGCAGCGACUGAUAACCUUUCAGAUACUUUUCGUGAAUAAUUGUACGCCACUGCUUUUUAAAAUUUUAAAUUGUAAAGAGAUGUUCUAGCUAUAUCUAGCUCCAGCUGUGCUACAGAAGAAGGAAGUGUAAGUUGAUUACUGUAAGGGUACAUUUCAAUAGUGGCCACUUGAAGAUAAGUCUAAUAUGGCUGGUUUUGUAAUAAAUGUUGUUAAUAGUCUGUCCAAAAGUAUUGUACCAAUUACAAGAUCACUAUUCUAACUUA